AUGGCGUCGACUGAAGACGAAUUUAGGAGCAUAUGCCUUAACUUAACCAGUGAGGAGGCUAUGCUUGGAGGAUGUAACUACAGCAGCGAAUAUGAAAAUGGAGAACUGUUGGAGAAGGUCGUCUCGAGGGUUGUGCCCAUCUUCUUUGGCUUCAUAGGCAUCGUUGGAUUAGUUGGCAAUGCUUUGGUCGUCUUAGUGGUCGCUGCCAACCCUGGCAUGCGGUCCACUACCAACCUGCUCAUCAUUAACUUGGCUGUCGCUGACUUGCUCUUUGUGAUCUUCUGCGUUCCAUUCACUGCUACCGACUAUGUCAUGCCACGAUGGCCCUUCGGAGACUGGUGGUGCAAGGUUGUCCAGUACUUCAUUGUAGUCACUGCUCACGCGUCCGUCUACACCCUAGUACUCAUGUCUCUAGACAGGUUCAUGGCUGUAGUGCACCCCAUAGCUUCCAUGUCUAUCAGAACAGAAAAGAAUGCAUUACUUGCUAUAGCUUGCAUAUGGGUGGUGAUAUUAACCACAGCUAUUCCCGUGGGCAUCUGCCACGGGGAGCGGGAAUACUCCUACUUCCAUAGAAACCAUUCCUCCUGCGUGUUCCUUGAGGAGCAAGGAUAUAGCAAGCUAGGGUUCCAGAUGUCUUUCUUUUUGUCUUCCUAUGUGAUUCCCUUAGCUUUGAUUAGUGUAUUGUAUAUGUGUAUGCUGACGAGGUUGUGGAAGAGUGCGCCAGGAGGGAGGGUGUCUGCGGAGAGUCGGAGGGGGAGGAAGAAGGUGACGAGAAUGGUUGUGGUCGUAGUGGUGGUGUUUGCAGUGUGCUGGUGCCCAAUACAGAUAAUCCUGUUGGUAAAGGCGCUGGACAAGUACCACAUCACAUACUUCACAGUCACUGCGCAGAUAGUGUCGCAUGUACUAGCCUACAUGAACAGCUGCGUCAACCCAGUGCUGUACGCCUUCCUCUCUGAGAACUUCAGGGUCGCCUUCAGGAAGUCGAUAAUUGGCGCACCUAGAACAAAGAGAGAGCGAAAAAGAGAGAAUAGCAAAAGUCACAAUGUAAUGUACUGCCCGCCCCCCUACAAUGACGGUAUGUCAGGCCGGCCCCAGCCCACCAAGACGACCCGUACAGGCAAUGGGAACUCCUGCCAUGACAUCGUCUGA